AUGUUUUCUUCAAGUAGUAUCCAACCCAUCAAAUCUCAUUCAAUUUAUAUUCACUUAGUAACAAUAUUAAUUUUAAUUCAUUAUAUCUAUGAAAUUAAUGGACAACAAUAUGAUUCAUAUAAAUGGAAAACUAUUCAUGAUAAUCAUGAUGAUGAGGAUACAACAUAUUUACCAUUGAAUAGAAUGACUAUUCAUUCUUUAUUACAUCAUAAUGAUCAUGAUCAUAAUCAUAAUAAUGGAAGAAAAAUCAUUAAAACAAGAGCAAUUGAGAUUGCACCACCAGAAAGACCAUUUAUAUUUGAAACUCCUGAAGCACUUAGAACAUAUUUACAUAAAUUAAAUGAAUAUUUUGCAAUUAUAGGACGUCCUAG